CCGGUGGCGGGAUCCACCUGGGAUCCAGUGGUGGAACCCAUCGGGGGAGCCAGGAUCCGGCACCAAAAUUGACCAAAGAUCUGGGAUCUGGCACCAAAACCGACCAAAGAUCUGGGAUCCGGCACCGAAACUGACUGAAGAUCCAGGAUCUGGCACCAAAAUUGACUGAAGGUCUGGGAUCUGGCACCAAAACUGACUGAAGAUCCGGGAUCUGGCACCAAAAUUGACGGAAAGUCUGGGAUCUGGCACCAAAACUGAGCAAAGAUCCGGGAUCUGGCACCAAAAUUGACCAAAGUUCCAGGAUCCAGCACCAAAAUUGACUGAAGAUCCGGGAUCUGGGACCGAAACUGACCUGGGAUCUGGGACGGAAACUGGCCGGAGCGCUGGGAUCCAGCCCCCAAUCUGACCAAGGCUCGGGGAUCCGGCCCCAAACUUCACCUGGGAUCUGGGAUCUGGGAUUGGAUUUGGCCAAAUACUCGUGAUCUGGCAUCAACAUUGACCGGGGAUCGGGGAUCCGGCACCAAAACUGACCGGGGAUCUGGCGCCGUUAUUGUCCAAAUACUCGUGAUCUGGCAUCAAACUUGACCAGGGAUCUGGGAUCCGGCCCCAAAUCCGACCAAGGAUCCAGGGAUCUAGUGCUGAAAGCAACCAGGGAUCUGGCAUCCACCACCGCCCCCGACCCGGGACCUGACAAUCCGGCCCCGAAAACCCGCCGGGGGAUCGGUGAUCCGGCGCCGGACCGGCCAAGGGCUCGUGGGAGCCGGUCGGAAUCGGGGCCGGAACGUCGUCGUCGCGGGGAUCCGUCGGGGGGAUCGGGGAUCGGGCGGCGGCCAUGCCCCGCGCUUUCCUGGUGAAGAAGCCGUGCGUGGCCACGGCCAAACGCAACUGGAGCGAGCUCCCGGAUGAGCAGCGGGCCGAGAUCUACGUCCCCAUUUGCCUGGGGGGGUGCCCCCUGCGCAGGGACCCUGAGCCGGCGGUGGGGGAGGCUCCCGCGUCCCCCGUGUCCCCCCUCGACAUGACGCUGCCCCCCCCGGCCCCCCCGCGCCCCCCCACGGCCCCUUCCUGCACCCCAAGGGCAAGGGUACCAUCCGGCCCCAUGGGUGCCCCCAUCCCCCCGGGCAUCCCCAUCCCCGGGGGGGUCCCGGUGGGGGUCCCCGUCCCUGGGGGGGUCCCCGGGGGGACAGAACUCUUCUCCUGCCCCGUGUGCCAGAAGAGUUUCGGGUUCCAGCGGAUGCUGAACCGGCACCUGAAAUGUCACAGCGAGGUGAAACGUCACCUGUGUCCCUAUUGCGGGAAGGGCUUCAACGACACCUUCGACCUCAAGCGGCACGUCCGCACCCACACCGGCGUGCGCCCCUACAAGUGCAGCCUGUGCGAGAAGGCCUUCACGCAGCGCUGCUCCCUGGAAUCCCACCUGAAGAAGAUCCACGGCGUGGCCCAGCGUUACGCCUACAAGGAGCGACGGGCCAAGCUCUACGUCUGCGAGGAGUGCGGGGGCACGGCCGACAGCCAGGACGCCCACCUCGCCCACCUCCGCCAGCGUCACCCCCACAGCCCCCUCCUCGCCAAACUGGCUCGCAAGGCCGCUGCCGCUGCGGCCGCUCCCCCCCCUCCCCCGCCUGGCUAA